GCGAGGUGGGCCCGCGGUUGCUGGCGAGCUGUGGGGUGCAGCGGGUAGGCGGGAGUGACAUUGGGCUGCGAGGGCGGCGGAGACUGCAGAAGCGCGAGGGCCCGGUGUCCGGUACGACCAUGGCUGGCGCGCUGGUGCGGAAAGCGGCGGACUACGUCCGCAGCAAGGACUUCCGGGACUACCUUAUGAGUACGCACUUCUGGGGCCCAGUAGCCAACUGGGGUCUCCCCAUUGCUGCCAUCAAUGACAUGAAGAAGUCUCCAGAGAUCAUCAGUGGACGAAUGACAUUUGCCCUCUGUUGCUAUUCUUUGACAUUCAUGAGAUUUGCCUACAAGGUGCAGCCUCGAAACUGGCUUCUCUUUGCAUGCCAUGCAACAAACGAAGUAGCCCAGCUCAUUCAGGGAGGACGGCUUAUCAGAUAUGAGAUGACUAAAAAGGCAUCUGCAUAGAAGUGGAAGGAACAAGCUCUUGAAAGGACAGCACCCCAGCUACUUCUGCAGAGUCACAGAUUCCAUCAGCAUGAAUAGGAGGAAAUGUGGAAUGCUAUUUUUACUAACUGUACCAUUUUUAUAGAUAUAGCUGGGAGUCCCUAAACAAACUCUCUGCUGCCUUACAAGUACUGAAUAUUUUUUCUUCAUAGAGUAGCUCAAAAUAUGCAAUUAACUUAAUAAUUUCCAAUGAUGGUUUUAUCUGUAUUCAUACACAUAUUAUCUGUUGGGAUUUGCUUAAUGAAAAACUGAACAGCAAAAUUUUAUAAUACUCACAUUUAAAUACUCAGACUUCUUGACUUUAAUGACUGCAAGAUAUCCAACAACUUAACACAUACCUAAAAUCUGAU